UGGCAGCGUGGUAAUGGCACGCGAUUUAAUCUAUUCACUGGAAACCAAACUCUUGAUGAGAGAGAAGCAAGCUUCAAGGUGAAUGAAACUGCUGUUGUACAUUGUGGAUUUUUUAGUGAACAUGGUGGUUUUAAAAUAUCUGAUAAGGACAAAAGUUAUAUGCAAACUUGCAAAGUUGCGGUUUCUACUUGUGCAUUUGGAGGUGGAGAUGAUCUUUAUCAGCCUAUAGGAAUGUCAGAGGCAUCUCAUAAGAAGGUUUGCUAUGUUGCAUUCUGGGAUGAAAUUACUCUUGCGGCACAGGAAUCACAGGGCAAUAAAAUUGGUGAGGACGGCUUUAUUGGGAAAUGGCGUAUUGUGAUUGUACAAAAUCUUCCUUUCGUAGACCAAAGGUUGAAUGGGAAAAUUCCUAAGAUGUUGCCCCAUCGGCUCUUUCCUAAUUCAAAGUAUUCAAUUUGGGUAGACUCAAAAUCCCAAUUCAGGAGGGAUCCUUUAGGUGUAUUAGGUCUUCUUUGGCGUAGGAAUUCCGUGCUUGCAAUUUCAGAGCAUGGAGCUCGAAGUAGUGUCUAUGAUGAGGCGAAGGCUGUUGUCAAGAAACACAAAGCCACACCAGAAGAAGUUGAGGUGCAAAUUACUCAGUAUCGUCAUGAUGGUCUUCCUGAGGACAAGAGAUUUAAUGGAAAGAAAGCUCUAAAUGAAGCCUCUGUUAUUGUGAGGAAGCAUACACCUCUGACUAAUCUGUUGAUGUGCCUCUGGUUUAAUGAGGUUGUUCGUUUCACUUCAAGGGAUCAAUUGAGCUUUCCAUAUGUUCUUUGGCGGUUGAAAGUGCUAAAGAACAUCAACAUGUUUCCAGUCUGCACACGCAAAGAUCUUGUUAAUAGCAUGGGCCACAUACGCAAGGCUAAGCCUUUGAUGGGUUGAUGUUAUUGCUGUGCUACCACUUCAACUUCUUGACCAUUGCCAUGGAGAUGCUGGGGGCAUAUAGGCUGUAUUUUUACUCUUAAUCAUUUUGUUAUGUCUUCUUACAUGUUUUAUAGGUAGCACUGGCCUUUAGAAUUGCCUUGUUAUUUCUUCUCCUUCCCAUCUUUUGCCUCUUCAAUUUUUUUAAUACAGAAAAAUUCAUUAUUCUUUUGGUUAGAUACAUUGCUAAAGUAAAUUUUGUAUCUAUCUGUGUACUAAGAGAUCUGAUUGUAAGGUGGAUGAAUUGAAUCUUAUAAACUUAUUCUUCUGGAUCAUAUAUAUGU